AACGCCUCUGGUUCUUAAUCCUCACCUUUUCUUUCUUCCUGACCCUGAUCUGGUUCUAUUUCUGGUGGGAAGUUCACAACGACUACAAUGAAAUCAACUGGUUUUUAUACAAUAGAAUGGGCUAUUGGAGUGACUGGUCCAUUCCAAUACUGGUUACGACAGCGGCUGGUUUCACCUUCAUUACAGCUUUACUGAUUUUAGCACUUUGUCACAUAGCUGUAGGACAACAGAUGAACCUGCACUGGAUCCAUAAGAUUGGGUUGAUAACUACCUGGAUCUCAACUGUUGUUACAAUGAGUUCUGUAGCCCAGUUAUGGGACGAUGAAUGGGAUAUGGUGGUCAUAUCAUUGCAAGCAACUGCUCCUUUUCUGCAUCUCGGAGCCCUUGCAGCUGUCACCGCUCUGUCUUGGUUGGUGUCCGGGCAGUUUGCAAAAGCAGAAAGAGCCGCUUCCCAGCUGCUGAUGUUCGGGACCUACUUUGCAGUUGUUCUUGUGCUUUACCUGGUGCCCCUCACGAUCUCUUCCCCAUGCAUCAUGGAAAGACAGGACCUCGGGCCCAGGCCUGCUAUUCUUGGCCACCGCGGAGCACCCAUGCUAGCGCCUGAAAACACUCUGAUGUCCUUCCAAAAAGCAGUUGAGCAGAAAGUCUACGGUGUGCAGGCAGAUGUGGUGAUCAGUUACGACGGAGUGCCUUUUCUAAUGCAUGACAAGACAUUGCGGAGGACGACCAACGUGGAGGAAGUGUUUCCAGAACUAGCCUAUGAACAUUCCUCCAUGUUCAACUGGACAGAUUUGGAAAGACUGAACGCUGGCCAGUGGUUCCUCAAGAGUGACCCCUUCUGGACAGUCGACUCCCUUUCCCCAUCUGACUUCGUAAAGGCUGCAAACCAGUCAGUCUGCAAACUGACUGAGAUGCUGGAGACAAUCAAGGGCAAUGCCACCGUCCUCUUGAAUGUCCAAGACUUGCCCGAAGAGCACCCAUACUACAGUACUUCAGUCAACAUCACCUUGGAAACUGUUCUCACCUCGGGCAUCUCUCAGCAGGCUGUGAUGUGGUUGCCCAGCUGGGAGAGGAAUCUCGUCCAAGAAAUUGCCCCCGGUUUCCAGCAGACCUGCGGGAAGAAGGCCGACGCUCAGCGGUUGAGGGACGGAGGUUUUCGGAAGCUCAACCUGCGAUACACCAAGGUCACCAGCGAGGACAUCAGGGAAUAUGUCAGCGCAAACCUGAGCGUCAACUUGUACGUCGUCAAUGAACCGUGGCUGUAUUCCGUUCUCUGGUGCAUGGAGGUCCAGUCGAUCACCUCUGACAACGCGCAUGUCCUCCGCCGGCUGCCUUCCCCCCUCUGGCUGAUGCCUCCAAACGAGUACUGUCUGAUCUGGAUAACGGCCGACCUCGCUUCAUUUGUCAUAAUUGUAGGGGUUUUUAUCUUCCAGAAGUGGCGCUUCGGCAGCAUCCGCACGUACAACCCGGAACAGAUCAUGCUCAGUGCUGCCGUCCGCCGAUCCAGCCGCGAUGUCAACAUCAUGAAAGAAAAACUCAUAUUUUCAGAAAUCAACAGUGGCGUCGAGACAACGGACGAACUUUCCUUGUGUUCCGAAAACGGCUACGCCAAUGAGGUUGUCACACCCAUUGACCACCGGGAAGUGAAGCUCCGUAUUGACUGACUGAGGGAGGUGGCGGUGGGCAAGAUCUGGUGGUCUCCGUGACUCCCGGGGGCUUCCUUAGUACAACAGCUCCAAGGAAGAGUUGGCCAAGUCUGCGUUCCGUUGUCGAAACUCCUAAUGCAACAAAUUUUGCGAGGGCGGCCUGGAGCCUCUCUGGAAACUGAAGCUGGGCUGGGUUUCUUUAUUAUUAUUAUUAUUAUUAUUAUUAUUAUUAUUAUUAUUAUUUUGUAAAGUUGUCCCUUUUUUGUGACCCUUUUCCUGCCUGCUGUGGGCAGCGGGAACUGGCAUAUUUGUCAGGUGCAGAUGAGCCAUUGGCAGUGUGCCCACCUCGCUGGACCAUGAGCUGAGAUGCUGGCCAGGUCAGCAGAGAAGGACUCCCCCUCCACACAUACCCCAUUGACUUCUCUAUUCCUUUCUUUGGGACAGCAACUGUUAGCUGAAUUUAUUUAAAGAUGUAUGUUGUGAAACCCUUGUGUGGUGUCCUCGUUUUUUAUAUUUCAUGGAGGGAUGAAGAUUUCUUGUACAGACAGUCCUCUACUUACGAACAGGUUACGUUCCAAGAGGCUGUUCAUAAGUCCAUUUUGUUUGUAAGUCCAACCAAGCAUACAUAUGCGGCGUGCCAUAAACUUCCGGGACCUUCAUUGUUGGAGUUGUGGACAGGUUUGUAUCGGCGAAAGUUCGUAACUCAAAAGUUCAUAAGUAGAAGACUGUCCAGAGCAGCAAAUGCAGGAGAAGACACACUGGUGGGAAGCUGCAAAUCAGGAUGAUAAUUUACUCAUUUAACUUGACUCUUCCUCUCUCCUGCAAAUGGAGGAAAGAGAUAGGAAAUGGGUGACAGGGAGAGGGGGGAAAUAUCUUCCUGGUGCAAACUUAGCAUUGAUGUUCAAGAGAUGAUCUGGUGUCUUGAAUCUCUUCCUGGGAUGGCUUUUCUCAGCCUGGUGAAUUCCAGAUAAGUUCAACUACUACUCCCAGAAUUCCCAGGCAGAGCUUUGAUUGCACCAUUGUGGAUGCCAUCUUGACUUUUCUGACCUUUGGGCAUCCAAGCACCUGGGGAUUCUGGGAAUUGUAGGCAACACACCUGGCACGUCCUGAGUUGGAGAAGAAUGGUCCUAGAGGUGAUCCAUCCAUGUGUGAUUUGCAGACUGGGUUCAAGCAAUACAUGAAGACGUAAACCCAGGGGAGACAAAUUGUUGGGCUCUUGUACUGUUUAGACAAAUAAACUCUGUUUAGCCUUAAUGGGAUGGUCUUGUUCGCCCAACAGUUACAGAGCACAGCUGGUUCCCGUAAUCACUGAACCCCCAGCUACCUUUUUCCAUUUUAGUCUAGUGUGCUCAUAAACCCAGUCAUAGUUUCAUCACUCAGGCCUCUGAUCAACACAUGCAGAAGAUGAUCAGAUAGAAGGCUAGAGGAUAACACUGCUUCUGGAAAAAGCUCUAAAUACCAAAGGCCCUUUUUAAAACAAGCUUUGUCUGUUGGGUGGUACAGUGUGGCUCUAAGUCUUUGCAAAUACAGGUUGUCUUCAUUUAGUGACUACCUCGUUUAGCAAUCAUUCACAGUUAAAACAGUGAUAAAAAAGAAACUUUGUGACCAGUCCUCGUAUU